AUGACAAAGUUCCAAAGAGGCGAGCUCAUGGAGGGCUGGAAUGACUGUCCAGACAUUAUGAUGCAAGCAAACACUAGCAGCGGCAGUGUCGGAAGCCGCCUGAAAAGACGGACUCCUCGUGCAUAUGGUUCAGCCAACUCCUCCCAAAGCAGUGUAGCCACGAGUAAUGUGGCACCUGUCAAAGAAUACACAGAAGAAGAGCUUCGGCAAGUGAAGCUGUCGAUCGAGACUUAUGUGAGCGAAGGGCAGUUCAAAGAGGAAGACAAGGCUUUCGUGAACGAAAGACUACUCGGAUCCUUUGAUUCACUUGAAGAUGGACAUAAACAGUUUGUUGCCAGGACCGCCGAGGCAGUGAUUUCUCACCAGAAGAAACCCGGCCAGUUGAAAACCGAAGUGCUCACGUUCAUGAUGGCCAACUCCGGAGUGAGCACAUGGGCAGUGGGUCUCAAGAAAUUUGUGGAGAUGCAAUAG